GGAAGCCACCUUCCCGCAGGCUGAGGACCUCUAUCUCGCCUUCCCGUUGGCCUUCUGCAUGUUAAUGGUACGGCUCAUCUUCGAGAGAUUUGUAGCCAAACCAUGUGCCAUAGCCCUCAACAUUCAGGCCAAUGGACCACAAAUUGCCCAGCCAAAUGCCAUUCUGGAAAAGGUUUUUACUGCGAUUACAAAGCAUCCUGAUGAAAAGAGAUUGGAGGGCCUCUCCAAGCAGCUGGACUGGGAUGUUCGCAGCAUUCAACGCUGGUUCCGACAAAGACGCAACCAGGAGAAGCCAAGCACACUGAAGAGGUUCUGUGAGAGCAUUGGUCUGGAACGGAACCCACUAUAUCUCCAAGGUGUACCUGUAGUCCUAGGGAAGAUUGAGAUGGGGACGAAGCAGGCAGGAAAGGCUUCCUGGAGGAGGUGGAAAUUUUCAUUUGGCCUUUAUAUAUUUACCUAUGGAGUCCGGUUCCUGAAAAAGACCCCCUGGCUGUGGAAUACAAGGCACUGCUGGUACAACUACCCCUAUCAGCCACUCACGCCUGACCUUCACUACUAUUAUAUCCUGGAGCUGUCGUUUUAUUGGUCUUUAAUGUUUUCCCAGUUCACUGAUAUCAAAAGAAAGGACUUUGGCGUUAUGUUCCUGCAUCACCUUGUAUCUAUUUUUUUGAUUACCUUUUCAUAUGUCAACAACAUGGCCCGAGUAGGGACCCUAGUCCUCUGUCUCCAUGAUUCAGCCGACGCUCUUCUAGAGGCUGCCAAAAUGGCAAAUUAUGCCAAGUUUCAGAAAAUUUGUGAUCUCCUGUUUGUUAUGUUUGCCAUGGUUUUUAUCACCACACGGCUGGGUAUAUUUCCUCUCUGGUGUCCAAGGAUGAUCGAAGUGAUAUCGAGUCUAGCUCAGAUGAGGAGGACUCGGAACCUCCAGGGAAUAACCCCCAUGCCGCGACCACCACCAAUGGGACCAGUGGUACCAACGGGUACCUCCUCACUGGCCCUUGCUCCAUGGAUGAUUAAUUACUCCAAACUACAAGUCCCAAAUAAAGUGAACUGUUUGUUCCUGGAAGUAUUUAAUAAGUUGCAAAUGCAGUUCCUUUCAUAAUCUCUCAGCACCAGAAACAAAAAUUAGGAUUAUCAAAGCAUUUUGAAUAGUGCACUGCCAUAUGUCCUGUCUGUGAAUGAGGAAGAAUUACCAUUCUGUAUAUGUAGGCAUGCUUUAUGUAAUUGGCACAAGGGAACAGUAUUUGCAUUUGUACUGUCUUAGAAUAUUAUUUAUUUUUUUGUAUUUGUUUGUGAAUCUGUGGACAACAGAGGGUUUCCUCACUCCUUUUACUCUCUGGGUUCAUGACAGGGAGGGGGGCACUCCAUCUGCUUAUAGCCCUUUCUAUUCCCCUAAGCCAGUCCGCUAGGAGCAUUAGCUUAAUUGGUCACUUAGAGCAAGCAAAUCCCGGUGCAGGAUUCUCGUACAGCUCCAAAUAGGUUUGCUUUCUUUGUGUUACAGUGCCUGUUUCGAAAUGGCCUGUACAGUCUCAGUGAGCUUUCUCCCAGUGUAAAGUUGAAACAGGAUGAGCUCAGUUUUGUAAUUGUCACUCUUCGUGGUCAAUUAGCUGUUUCAAUUAAAGAGUGUGGUUAUUGGAGGACUUAAAAAAUUUGUUUUGUAUUACAUUGCUUUGGAUUAGAUGUCAUUUCUUAUUCACACAGCCAAGAUUUCUUCAGUGACAAUGGCAGCUAGCUGGGGAUUAACUUUGGAGAUUACAGAGAUUUUUUUAAUUCUCUAUUACGGGGUCAGUGCUCUGGCUCUGAAGGAAGACUUAAGGUCAUGGUUACAAACAAAGAAGUCACUCUUCCUACUGGGAAUUUGUCCCAUGAUCUGAGAAUAAUACAAAGAGGGCAGCAGAUUUCAACCAGGUUUUACCACUACUGUAAUUAGUGCUGUCUUUUGCCAUGUCAUGAAAAAAAGAAGCUAAGUAUAUUUUGGGACAGAAAAAGGAGACUUCCAAGAGUUGGCAAAAGUCACCUCUAAUGCAAAGCACUUUACCACAACCAGCUUUCAAGAAAGUGCCCUAUCUAGUAUUUGAUCUUGAUGUUUUUAUUUUUCUGAGCAAAAUAAAGCCAAUGGGAGAAAGACCAUUUUACCCUUUGUCUUUUCUCCUUAAACAUAACCCGUAACAUAACAGAAUUUCCUGUUACUAGAAACUGAGCAGUGUUACACUCUAAGUCCUUUUGUUUGCUUCUUUGAAGAACUUGCUCAGUUUCCAGGAAUUUUUGUUCAAAGGGAGCUAUUUCCAGAAAAAAAAACAAUAAAAAUUCUACUCAGCAAUGAGAAAGAUUACUUAAAAAAUAAGUUUCCAUAGUCUCCUACAGGGCAGUGUUAUUUAUGUAUAGAUAAGAAAACCAUACACAUAAACCAAAGAUUUUAUCUCUUUUCUUGAAACCAACUUUUAGUAAGAGGGAAUAAAAAGGUAUUAUAAAUACUUAUUUCAUAAAUCAGAAAGACCAUCUUCUAAAAAAAAGAGUCCCAAACCACAAUGCAGUGAUAUCAAUGUGCAAGUCAGGGCUAGUGAAGGGAACAGCAAAAUACUAGGAAGUGCAUGUCCUGCUCAAAACCAUUCAUAUUCAAUUGAAUUUUUUUUAAAAAUUGAAAUAAAGCUUUGUGCCCACAGUGUGCAACAUGAGUAUUAAUACUUCCAAACAAAAACCUCACGCUGUAAUGUUAACUCUUUUCCCACCUAUUUAUAAAAUAGUGUGUUUUGGGUAUGGUCCAUAGUAAUGAUUGAAGAGCCUUGGAAAUAUGUCUGCUUGUUUAUUGAAGAAACAGUAUAACUAACUCUUCUUGUAAAGCCUUAUUAUUUCACAGAACAGGGAUAUGUCUAGGAGUGUAAUUUGUGGCUGGUCGUGUUUGUAAGACCGAUCAUUAAAUACCAAAUAUACUUGUUAAGUCAUCUGAACAUCUGCUAAAAUGCAGAUAUAUAAAAAGUAAACAGCAUGCAUGUUAUAGCUGAAACUUUUUGAGAAGGUGAAAGUUUCUUAUCAGCUAAAAUAUGGAACAGAAGAAUGACUUGUGCCUUGCUUUAGUGUCUAGAGCAAGUCCCCUGAUGGGUGAAAUAAACCAGAGAACCACAGUGUGUUCAACUUUGGAUCAUCUGACACUUUUAGCACAGAAAAAUAAUUUCAAAAGAUCCGCUUGUAAAUUAAAGGUUUAGAAGAUUUGCAUGAAAUGAAGAAAAUUAAGUCUGUCCUUAGCAAAGACAUCUGAACAAUCUUUUGUUUUUCCCAAAAGUCACUUAGAAGGAUUGAGAAUUCUCAGAGCCUCUCUGACCCAUGGCAGUAACUUAACGCAGUCCUCUAUGUAUCUGUGGAUUUUUAUUUCAUUUCACAUUUUAAGGCAAAGGGUUCUUUUUGACUAAUCAGAAUGGUGUUUGUAGGUCUUUUGAGAUGAAGAAUAAUAUAUCUUGUCUACUGGUCUCCCAUGGUGGCCUGAUAAGGCUGAGAGAGGAAAAUAUGUGAGAUAGCCUAUCUUAAACCUGUGCCAAGCCAUAGCUUUGGAAGUGGAUUUUGUAAAGUAAACUGUAGGUUUAGUAAGAGUGUUGUUUCCCGUUGAUUAACUUAGCCUGUCCUGGUCAUAUUCAAACCUUCCCAAGGUACAAAGAGAUAUGUAGGAAGGAGUCUAGAAAAGGUAAUGUCUUAUUCUCCAAUUCUAUAGCUUUUGUAGAUUGAUUAGAGGGAGAAAAAUGUAGAAAAUCAAGUAGAAUUUGGCCUUGGGUCAAUAAAUGAUAUAAAAAUGUGUGAUCUAUGUAUGUACCUGUAUGUUUCUCAGAAAAACGUGAUAAAACCAAAAUAUCACUGACUCGUCCUUAUCCAUAUUCUUUUCAUGAAAACCAUCUGCCAUGUGCAAUAGAAACUUCCCACCUCCUUCUCCACUUCCUGUUCAUGGCCCCCCAACAGCUGAGAGUGGUAGACUCCUUCAGCCUCUUUGUCUCAGACCUAAGAUCAUGGAGGCCCUAAAGUCAGCACCUAAGUAGUUCCCAUUUCCAAACUAAGUGAUGCGAAUGUUGAGAAUGGGGCAGCAACUACUUUGGAUUAUUAAACUAAGUGUUGGAAAAAAUGCACAUGAUUUCUGCUUCACCCCAGGAUUUUAUUAACAUCCAACUCCUGCUAGGCUGCUAGACAGAUGGUAUCCUGAGAUACCAUCAGAUAAUGAAACAGGCAUCUAACAAAAAUGAACUAGGAAAAAAGAUAGGCUCUCCAAAGAAAACAAGCAAUUGGGUGAGAGAAAUAACUCUUUAGUGGGAUAAAAUCAGGUCACCUUUAGCCAAAAUGGUGGGUAAACCUCAAAAUGUCCAGUUCUAUUACCAAACUUUCCGUUCUGAGUAUUGGAUAGCGUUUGAAUUUGAGCAAACUAAAUGCUUGCACCUUGGGUAGAAAGGGCCUGAAUCUUCCACUCUAUAGUUUUCAACCUCAUUUAUCUGGGCCAAAGUAAAAAAAUCACAUUUCAUUCCAAGUUACCUGAGUCUUCACAAAAGAGCUCUUCCAAGAGAACUUUAUGGACACCCGUGAUUGUUCCCAAUCUAGUCAUGAUUUUUGCAUUGGUAGUUAUUUUUGUCCCCUUCUUGGAGAUGUUAAUGCCAAAGUUGCCUGAAUAUUUGAGUUUUUUUUUCUUAAUUUGAAGUAUGAAAAGUAUACAGAAUAAUUCUGAAGGUAUUAAAUAAUUCUCUUUAUCAGUAUGUGUGAUGAUAUCAUUAUGUCCAAAGAGGUUUCAAGAAAUCCUUUGGAAAUAAGAGGUUAAAUGUUUACAUUUCGUGUGCUAUUUGAGAUCUUAAGAUUCUAAUUAGCUUACUUUUUUUACUUUGUCUUUGGCUCAUUCCUGCGUUGCAGAUAAAUAUUAGUAGCCCUGAAAUGUUCCUAAUGUUAAAAUAAGAAAAGAUCAAAUGAGAUCAAAGUCUGCACUUGUGUGCUGUCCAUGGAAGGAGUACUGUCAGUCACAAACAGUUCAUGCAAAAUGCAGCAAGAUAUUUUUUUAAAUGAAGUUAUUGUUGUCCCAGAGUAGGGAUAAGUUUCUCUAGGUUAAAUGAAAUUGUACCAUUAUCAAAUUACCAGAUAGUAAUUAGCACUGGUUCGCUGUGGCCACAUUUUCAUUCUUCACUAGUAAUAGGCCAGAAAAAGGCCCUGUGGUUUGCAUUUGUAUGCAUGGUCCCCUCUCGUCCCCUAGGGGGCGCUCAGUAGAUGCCGAGGAGGCCUGUUCACUGGUCCACUCUAUGCUGUUGGAACGCCUCUAACAUGCGCUCAGAGGGAGCAUACCUGAUGCUGGUUUUUAUGGAGAAAAUUGUGUUCGAGAACAUAAAACAAGUAACUGUUAAUAAGAUCUGUAGACACCCAAAGGAGAACUUUAGUCUUUCCAAUGUGAGUUCAACCUGAAGCCUUUGAAAGGAGCACAUUACCAAAUCGCCACAAGCUGAGACCCCAUCUGCUCAAAGUCUCUGCAGGCAGAUGGCCCAUCAUAUGGUGUCUCCACAAGACUAGAGAGUCUCAAGAUUGCCCAGGAAGCAAUGGGAAGGGACCACUAGCCUAAGAUCUGUCUUGUUUAUCUUUCACUCACAUUCCUUUAAGUCUCCUGGGACUCUUAAUAAAAGGAAGCCAGAAUAGUGUCACUUAUCUGCUAUCAAUUUCCCAAUAGCCUUUGGAUCAGUUGUGUACCAUACUUCCUUCUAUGCCUGAUUCCAUUUUUCCUAAAAAGUAUUGUGCCCCCGUGAGCCUGUUAUCCUUAACACAAGUCCAUGAAAGCUUGGCUUCCUAUUUCGGUAUAUGUUGCAUGGCCUGGAAACCAGGGAACAACAGCUGUUGGUAUGAUUUCUGUGUUAGGUGAAAAAUUAGAUUUUAUAGAGACAUCUUUUUUUCUUUUGGAUCUACAGUAAUUUUUUAAAACUGUCAUUGUAAAACUGCUCUUAAAAAUUAGGGCUUUUUAAAGAUUAGUUGCCAAAGAGAAAUUAGCUCUGUAAUAGGAACAGUUAUGUGGUGAUUCUGGAACUUAGAGCUUCAUUAAUUUAAACAUGGAAAACACCCUCCAGGUUUGAUUUCCCAAAGUUUCAUAAAGCCUCUAAGCUCAUGAUUUUCAUCACCUCUUUACCCACAUGAUCAGUUACCUCCAUAGCCAUUUGGUGUCAUGCAAGGGGAAGGUGGUUAGAUUGGGGAUUUGAUUUUUUUCAACUUGCCGUGAGAAAUAGAAUAGGUGGCAAAACCUUACUUGUUAAGACAAUUCAGCGCUUGAGCAUCUCUGUUAGAAAUGGAAUGAUGUACUGUUAGCCAAUUAGAAUUAUUUUAUGUAUUGUUAUUAUGUUUUGCUGAUUUUUAUAUGAAAAUAUAAUUAUUCAUUCUUGAUCCCUGGAAGCAAUCAUUGUAAUGAGGAUCAUUUUACUUUGAAAACACUUUCAUAAUAAAGAUAAGUAUUAAGAGUACAGUGUAAAUGCCCUUUUCUGUAAGAACUACCGAGCUUGUGUUGGCAAUAUGUCACAUCUUCCUGGAUAAGAUUUAUACUCACAUCAUCCUAUGAGUUUCUUGUAAGCCUUCUCAAAUCCCAGUAGUCUCUGUGAUUACAAAAAAGGAUGUAAUAUUUAUACGUUCCAUAUAAUGUUCUAUUUAUAUGUUAUUUUGUCGAGAAUUUAGCUAAGCUACUUGAUGGUGGUGUUGCCUCAGCAACCAUUUUGUUUGCCACGCAGCCUGCAGGGACUGUAACUUGACACUAGCCCCUCAUACAGGUGCAUGUCCUGAAUAGCAGCCCAGAGUCACAAGCAAAUGUAAGUCCCCGAUAUAUGACUUCAGCCCUUGUGAUCAACAGUCUCUUCUGCCUCCCAGUGCUUGUAUGCCUUAUGCGUCCCUUAGAUAAGUCUCCCCCAGGGGGCUUACCAAAACCUCCCUCUUUUGGCUUGAAUUGACUGAUCUGGCCGUAGCCCAGGGACCCCAAAGCACUCCACGUGUGGACCCUAAUAAAAGCAUGUGUCCCAGGUCCUGUUUCUUUCUCUCUGUCUGUACCCUGCCUUGAACUCCCUGUGUGGCCCCUUCAGGUGUGCCAUAUACUC